GUCGGAUCAGCCGCAGUUGAGCAGACGAGAAACCAUGGAGCGCAACAAGACGCGUUGGAGAGACUCACCAAGCGGACGGGAAAAGUGCCAGUUUGUGAUCUGUUUGUAAGUAACUUUCAGCGACAGUGGGCAUAUUUGUGUUCACCAGCAGGUGGCCAUUGAGUGUUCGCUAGCGUGCGUAAACUGACUGGAGAGGAAAUAAAACAGUCUUGGAGUGAACAGCAGCUACCAAAGAACGAGAGGAAAGGAGGAGUUGAAAAGAGCCGGAGGAGAGACAAGUGCCCGUUGGACAGAAAUGCUCACUGUGUUGUUUUUUUGAAUACUUGUUGACGUUGUUUUGUGGAAAUGUCGCUGGUGUGCGCAGCGUAAUACCCCCGGACAGCGUUCAUGCCUCGUGCCAUCAGAAGGGACAGUUACUUAUCUGCAAGGAAACUGUGAGCAGAACUGAGAUUUCAUAAAGAAGAAGGCACUGGGCUUAAACUGAGGACCAGUCACUGAACAGUUACGAACCAUGGUGAAGUUUCAUAACUCGGACCUAUGGAUAGCCUGGAUGAUCAUUUUCUGCAUGGAUGGUUCAAGGUUUGAUCUACACACAGGGAAAGUGUGUGUGCGGGCGCUGGAUGUGACGGUGGCCCAGAGCAGUAUCCAGGUGGCCCGCGGCCAAGCAGCAGUCCUGCCCUGCUCGUUCACCACCAGCGCUGCCCUCAACAACCUCAACAUCAUCUGGAUGGUUACACCACUGUCCAAUGCCAACCAGCCAGAACAGGUGAUCAUUUACCAGGGCGGCCAGGUGUUCAGCCUCGCCAACCACCUCAUUGGGCGUGUGGGCUUCUCGGCCACCAUGCCAAGUACAAGUGCCUCGAUCUUCAUCAACAACACCCAGCUGUCGGACACUGGGACCUACCAGUGCCUGGUCAACAACCUCCCCGACAGAGGGGGGCGCAACAUUGGCGUCAUUGGGCUCACUGUUUUGGUGCCACCCUCGGUGCCAGCAUGUCGUAUCCAGGGCACUCUGGAUGUAGGCAAUGACAUCAUGCUGAUGUGCAGCUCCGAGGAAGGUAUUCCCACGCCGUCCUACUCCUGGGAGAAACUGGACACGCUGCCCAAGCUGCCGCACAACGCCAUGCAAGACCAGAUGCAGGGCUCUGUAACACUGAGAAACAUCAGCACCAGCACCUCAGGACUCUACCAGUGUACAUCCAGCAAUGCUAUUGGCAAGAGCACGUGUCUGCUCAACCUGCAGGUCAUAGCGCCCCAGCCUCAGAGUGUUGGCCUGAUAGCAGGCACCAUCGCUACAGGAGUGCUAGCUCUCAUCAUCUGUGGCCUGUUAGUGGCGGUCACACUUUUCUACUGGAAGAAUAAGAACAAAUAUGACGAGGAGGAGAUCCCAAAUGAGAUCAGAGAAGAUGACCUUCCUCCCAAGAGGUCAUCAUCAGCGAAGGCUUUCCAUGCAGACGCCUCCUCCUCAGAGAACGACACGCUGACGUCCACCAACACCUACAACAGCCGCUACUGGCACAACCCCAAACCCAACUACGACACCAACUCCUACACACGCUACAAUGGAGAUACUCGCCAGACCUUCUCCACUGCGGCUCACGGUGGACAUGCACACGGUCAGGCCCAGAACGCAGGACACAGCCACAGUACAGUGGUCACAGCACCAGGCUCAGCUCCACUGUCCCGCCAUGCACAACCCAACACGGCAACAUCGUUUGCCAAUGGCAGCCAUACGCUCCCCCCACCAAAAACUCUGGUGGUCACCACAAACUCUGCCCCAUCCCCUACCGCCAUGGUGCGCAGCAACGGCUCUGUGAGUCUAAAACCGGUGGUGAUGUCCGCACACGGGCAGCACACACACUCCUACGCAGUGAGCCAGGCCACCCUGGAGCGGAUGGGGGCGGUGCCUGUCAUGGUGCCCGCCCAGAACAGAGCAGGCUCGCUGGUGUAACAUCUUAGCUUAACUGCUUUGAAAACAAGACUAAAUGAGCAUUUGGUUAGUGAGAUUUUACAUCCACUGAUGAAAAACAGACAGAAUGUGGGCAAAAGCAGCCCGCUGCCCUUUACAAUGUUGUCUUUUCUGUAUGUCUCGACAUCUGUUUCUCAAACCAAGCUGGGAUUUUACAGUCCAGAGUUCAGUUAAUGCCAAUUAUUUGUUGAACGGGACACUUUAUUUUGUAGUAAAGCACUACAUGGGAUCUGAUCACCCCGUCAUUUAAUGGAUUUUAUCGGCAGGUGUGACAGGAACUAUUUUUCAACCACUUGGAUUCUUUCACAAAGCUGGAGUGGAAUUUCCUGCAGAACUUGGAUUCCCAGAUCCUUUUCAGGGUUGGAUCAUUGGGAUGAUUAUGUUUUCGUUUAGACUCAAAGCAACACAAGGCAUUUUCAUCUCAGUGUGUCCAUACUGCAUGGUCAGACAGAAGCGAGCUCGGAUUCCCACUUAAUGCAUGUGUCUCUUGUUUCGGGAUGAACAAUGAAGUCUAUAUAAUUUCUAAUAAUUUCUUUUGACAAUUUCGAUUGAGGGAAAUAGUUGUGAUGAUGGGGAUUGCUGUAUGCAUUGAACGUGAAUGUUUUAAAAUAUGUCGGGAAAAACCUAAAGGAUACAAGUAUAACAAUGAAAUAAUGUCGGGGAGAAUGGCCUUAGAAGCUUAGGGAGAUGGGUUUUAUUGGGUGCCACACAUACACAAUUCAUUGAAUGCAAACAUUUUAAUUACAUUUACGCACUUUUCAGAACAACUUUAUAUCAACACUUCUGUCUUAUGAACAAUAACUCAGUCUUACUAAUGCUAUGCUUUAAACCAUACAACAUAUAUCAAAACUUACAUGCACAUACAACAUGCUGGUGAUGUUUGAAGAUGGCACAAACACUGGAUGUGUACAACGGAAAGCGACUGUCCCCCUGAUCUAACAUCAAACCUGCAGAAGGAUAAUUGUCAUAGUCUGUGUUCAUUCUCACUGUUGUCCUAAACUGGUUCAUGUCACAUCAGUGCUGCUUGGAGAAGAUUAGAGGAUGUCUUACUUCAUAAAUGCUUUAUAAAGAGACAGAUAUAUAUAUUUAAAGGUAAUCGUCCCCCCUCUUGACAAAGGCUAACUUUUUGUUUUCUACUGUACAUAUUGUAACUACAACAGUAGGCUAGAUUGUGAAUCAAAGAAAAUACAUUCAUGUCUGACUUAUACAUAUACAUCUGCAACUCAUGUGUCUUAAUUUUGAAAUAAUUGUUUUUUGUUAAAUUAGGCAACAAUUGGGAUUUCAUGAUAAGUGUUAUGGUUGCAAUGAAGGGAUGUUUUUUUAUAAUUUUUUUUUAACGAGGUAUUGCCAUUUCAUUACAAGACCCGAGUUGAAUACAGUUUGGGUUGACACAUAUGGCCAUACAUUUUGCUAUACAUAGUAGACACCUAUGCUGUAUAUGGUAGAAAGUAGCACUGCGUUUUUGACCUGCUGUUUUUAUUUUAACCAAAACUCAACCAACUGUUACAGUGUUCCCAAAUUCUUAAUUCUAAUUCUUAUUGUGCAUUACCUUAAUGCACGAUACUCGCUUUGAGCUAUGAUGCAGUAGUGAUACAGCAAUUAUUUGUUUGUACAUGCAGUAUUGGAAAGUGUGUUUUAUUCUUCAAAGCAAUUCCUCUUUGCGUCUUUUAUUAAUUAAAUGUGCUGUAUUGACAUUUACAUUUAUAUUGAGACAACACAAGGUGCUAAUAUAAUUUACGAAAGUGCUCCAGCUUUAACAAAUAUAAUCCCUUAAUUAAUGGUGGAGACAUUUUUCUUUUUUAAUUUAUAUUAUUUAGUCCAGAUGACUUUAAUGUCAUGUUUGUGCCCUUUCUAUAUGAGUUAUAUUACACUAACAUUCAGUUCAUUAAACUGGAAACUACAAUAAACUUGAUUUGGAAGCCUAAAUGAA